GCCAGCCCCACCUUCACAGUCCUUACAGCUUCCCCACAGCUCCUCAGCUGGUCAGACCCACUGACCUCCAGGACCAGGUGCUCCCAACAAAAAUCCAGAUCCUGAAUCUUUCCCCAGAGCCUGUGGUUCCUGUGGCAUUCUCAAGACUGUUUCUCUUCCAACCCCUUUUGCCACCACUCCCUACACUAAUGUCAGACAAGGCCAAUCUGGGACCUAGUCCCUCCAGUGGGCCCACCUUGAGGCCUACCAUCAGCUCUGGCGACAGCCACAACUGGACAGAACUGCUUUACUUCCUCAACAACACAUUGCCCGAGUGUCAGAUAGAGCUCAGUGAUGAUGUCAGGCGUGUAGCCCUCUUCGUCCUCUACCUGGCCAUCUUUGUGAUGGGGCUGGUGGAGAACUUCCUGGUGAUCUGGGUCAACUGGCGCCGUGCAGGCCAGGCCGGGCUGCUGAACUUCUACGUGCUCCACAUGGCAUUUGCCGACCUGGGCAUUGUCCUGUCCCUGCCAGUGUGGAUGCUGGAGGUCACGCUGGACUAUACCUGGCUCUGGGGUGACUUCUCCUGCCGCUUCAUUCAUUACUUCUACUUCGUCAACAUGUACAGCAGCAUCUUCUUCCUAGUGUGCCUCAGCAUCGACCGUUAUGUCACCCUCACCGGCACCUCAGCCUCCUGGCAGCGCCGGCAGCACCAGGUUCGGAGGGUUGUGUGUGCCAGCGUCUGGGUCCUCUCUGCCAUCCUCCCACUGCCUGAGGUGGUGCACAUCCGGCUGAUGGGAACCUUGGAGCCUGUGUGCCUGUUCCUGGCACCUUUUGAGACACACGACAAAUGGAUCCUGGCGGUCACCCUGUCCGCCAGCAUCUUUGGCUUCCUGCUGCCCUUCUUCCUUAUUGCCAUCUUCAACGUGCUCACAGCCUGGCGACUCCACCAGACAGAACAGCCUGAGAGUCGACGCCACUCACUGCUGGUGGGCGCCUACGUGGUGGUCUUUGUUGUCUGCUGGCUGCCCUAUCACCUGACGCUGCUGCUGCUCACCCUGAAUGCCACCCACAUCACCCUCCACUGCUACCUGGUCAACGUGCUCUACUUCUUCUAUGACAUUGCAGAUUGCUUCUCCAUGCUCCACUGCGUAGUCAACCCCAUUCUUUACAACUUUCUCAGCCAGAGCUUCCGGGGCCGGCUGAUGAGUGCUGUGGUUCAUUACCUUCCCAAGGUCCAGGCCAGGGCGGGCAGGCAUGCUUCCUCUUCUUCCUCCUCCACGCAGCACUCCAUCAUUAUCAUCAAGGAGGGUGCCCAGCCCACUGCAGCAGGUCCCCAACCACCAAGCCUGAACGUCCAGGCACCAGAAACCUCACCCGUCUCCACCGUUCCAUUUCUUACAGCCAGCUGAGCCUGAGUCCAGGAAGCUGGAGUUGAAGGGACACACCUCAUCACAGUGAAUGAAACAACAAUGUGUCAAGAUCCUGAGGCAAGACUGUUUGGCCAAGUCUCACUUGGGGAUAACUAGUUCAACUAGACAUUCACAGAGGCCUACUGCUCUCUGGGAAAACGAGGGAUGCUUCCCCCUAAAAAGGUGGGUUCAUUGACUUAGUUUCAUACAAAAAAAAAAAAGCAGGGUUAACAAGUUAAACCCUGGCGAUUUCCAGCUACCAGAAAGGCAGAUAAGCUGCUUGAAAGAACUGUGCAGCUGAGGCUGGCAGGCCACCUACUCUGAACUCAAAUGGUGAAUGUGUUCAUGGUAAAGAGGAAACUAACCCAUUUUCAAAUGUUCUUUUUUAUUCUAAAUAAAAAACACACUUUGUGCCGAA